AUGAAGUGGAUUCUAUGGUAUAUUCUUGGUACUGUGGAUGUUGGAUUGGUUUUUCAGCAGGAUAAGACGAGUCAGUGUAUUGUUGGAUAUGUGGACUCUGAUUUCGCAGGCGUUCAUAAUAUCCCUCGAGUUUCAAGGCCAAGAGGUGGUCUAAAUGAGUGGCUUCACUGGCUCCCGGUUUCUGUUCACAAGAAGUUGGAUUGCGUCGUAAGGAAGAUGUGUAUUUUCUUAAUAUAUCGGGGCCAGAAAGUUGGGUCUCUACCAACAGAAAAUGGUGGCAGUGCUGGGUUGAAAUGUGUCUUAGAAGCUGAUGUCCAGGAGAUUGUAACCAUGGCUUGUCGGACUUAUGAGAAGGAUGGACCCAUACUGUGGGUAACUUGUGGCAGGGAUACUAUUUCCAUUGUAAGUUCUAUUAGACGACUAGCAUCUGAAAACAUCUUUGUUGUUCUGGUUUGUCAUUGCAACCUUAAUCUCGAUAGAUUUGACUUGGAUUUUACCCCGAAACACGAUUACUAUCCUUUGACUCCUGAAGCACAGAAGCAGGUUCCUCAAUUUCUACGUGGGUGGAUAACUCCUCGUGAACCUCCUGACAGGCAUGUGGUCCUCACUAUUGGAGCUUUGCAUCAAAUUGAUGCUACUGCCCUUCGAAAUGCUGCCAGUGCAUGGCGUGCUGAAUUUGCAGCUUUACCAAAGCCCUUACUUGUGGUGAACAUUGGUGGUCCUACUAGCAAUUGUCGUUAUGGUGUGGACCUUGCGAAGCAAUUGACAACCUAUUUGCUUAGUGUUCUUGUAAGCUGUGGAAGCAUCAUGUUUAUCUAG